AGCUGUCCACGGGGAGAAUGAAGCCGUUUGGCUGCGGGAAACAAAGGCCCGAGCGGGGCACAAACAGUCACAAUGCGGCAAGGGGGCUCGGCAGCGCUUCGCCGACUCCUCGGGGGUGCGGCCGCAGAUUAUGUUUAUUUUGAAAAUUCCUCCAGCAAUCCGUAUCUCAUUAGGCGAAUUGAAGAGCUUAACAAGACUGCUAAUGGGAAUGUGGAAGCGAAAGUGGUGUGCUUCUACAGGAGAAGAGAUAUUUCCAACAGCCUCAUAAUGCUUGCAGAUAAGCAUGCUAAAGAAGUUGAAGAAGAGUCUGAAACUACAAUUGAGGUUGACUUGACUGAUAAACAGAAACAUCAGCUGAAACACAGAGAGCUCUUCCUUUCUCGCCAGUAUGAGUCUCUUCCGGCAACUCACAUCAGGGGAAAAUGCAGUGUUGCACUUCUGAAUGAGACAGAAUCUGUGUUGUCGUAUCUGGAGAAAGAGGAUACUUUUUUUUAUUCACUGGUGUAUGAUCCAUCACUGAAAACGCUUUUGGCAGACAAAGGAGAAAUCAGAGUGGGGCCUAGAUAUCAAGCAGAUGUACCUGACAUGCUUGCAGAAGGAGAAUUAGAUGACAGAGAACAGGCAAAGCUGGAAGUAAAAAUAUGGGAUCCAGAUAGCCCCCUUACAGACCGUCAGAUUGACCAGUUUUUAGUUGUAGCACGUGCGGUUGGCACGUUUGCUCGGGCAUUGGACUGCAGUAGUUCUGUCAGGCAACCUAGUUUACACAUGAGUGCAGCUGCUGCCUCCCGAGACAUCACACUGUUUCAUGCAAUGGAUACAUUGCAUAAACAUAACUAUGAUUUGAGCAGUGCCAUCAGUGUUCUAGUGCCACUUGGAGGACCUGUCUUGUGUAGAGAUGAAAUGGAAGAAUGGUCAGCAUCAGAAGCUAGUUUGUUUGAAGAGGCAUUGGAAAAAUAUGGAAAGGACUUCAACGACAUUCGACAAGACUUUCUCCCUUGGAAGUCGCUGACUAGUAUCAUUGAAUAUUACUACAUGUGGAAAACUACUGACAGAUAUGUGCAGCAGAAACGUUUGAAGGCAGCUGAAGCGGAAAGUAAAUUGAAACAAGUAUACAUCCCUACCUACAAUAAACCAAAUCCCAAUCAAAUAUCCAGCAACAAUGGGAAACCCACUACGGUCAAUGGAGCAAUGGGAGCCUCUUACCAGGCACAGGCCUCACUAAUAGGGAGGGCUUGUGAAAGCUGCUAUACUUCACAAUCUCACCAGUGGUACUCUUGGGGUCCUCCUAAUAUGCAGUGUAGAUUGUGUGCAUCUUGUUGGAUUUAUUGGAAGAAAUACGGUGGCCUGAAAAUGCCCACACAGACAGAUGAAGAUAAACUCUCUUCCAGUCAACCUGCAGAGGAAUCCCAUGUUAGAACUCAUAUGUCCCGGCAGGCCACACAAGGAACUCCAGUUCGUAACACUGGAAGUCCAAAGUCAGCUGUGAAAACACGCCAAGCUUUCUUUCUUCACACAACGUGCUGGACAAAACUUGCCCGUCAGGUCUGCAAAAAUACCCUUCGGCUGCGGCAGGCAGCAAGACGUCCCUUUGUUCCUAUUAACUGUGCUGCCAUUAAGGCAGAAUAUGCAGAUCGGCAUUAUGAAAUUGCUGGAAAUCCUCUGAAGAUCAAAAGUACCAGAAAACCACUGUCAUGUAUCAUUGGGUAUUUAGAGAUUCACCCUGCAGCAAAACCCAAUGUAAUCAGAUCAACACCAAGCCUUCAAAGUCCAAGUACAAAACGACUGCUUGCGCCCUCCAAUCACUCUUCACUAAGUAUUUUGGGAAAAAGGAACUACAGCCAUCAUAAUGGUCUUGAUGAAUCUUCCAGCCACUCUACAAGAACAAUAAUGCAUGCUGCUCCCCGCGUUCAUAUAACUAAUGGUAAGGCCUUGCAAGCCAGUGCAAGUACCAUUAAGGCAAGCGCCAUUCCAGUGAUAAAGAGACAGCGGCAAAAUUGGCUUGAUGCUUCAGAUGAUGGUUUCUUUAUAGCCACAGAAGAGACCAGCGCUGAAGCAGUUAGAAACCUUCUCACGAAAAAUCCGUAAGAAGUUUACCAAGUUGCAGCUGAAAAGAGCUUCCAGAACACCUUGUUCUCCUGUUCUUGUGAAGACAAAAUCUCUCAUGAACAAUAGGCAGGCACGAAUAGAGCCAAGAACCAUCACACACUGAAGACACAACAGCAUCAGCAACAUAAUUAUGUUAAAAUCUUGUUUAAUUGUCAACAACGGGACCUUCCACAUCUUCAGGACCUAUAUGGACACUGUGGCUGGGUUCUGUGUUCUGGUCAGGAUCCAACAGUAGCCCUUGUUCUCCUCUGUCUCUGUAAGGGCUACUUAAGGUUUGCUGUGCAGGCCUAUUGAUGAUUGUCCUGCUAUUUCCCCCACUUCCCUUCGUCAGACUUGGAUAGUCAGUGAGGGACUAUUCAUACUGACCACAGGGAAGAAAUAUGGAUGCAGAGUAGCCCCCACAAUAUUGUCUAUGCCUUCUAGUGGUGUGAUACAAAAAUAAGCAGUUUUCAAAACAAUUGCUGUGUCUUUGUAACAGGAUUUAGCCGGUAGGGGUCAGCAUCUUCAGAAAGUGCUGCAGACUUCAAAUGUUUGAAUUUUUGAAUAUUGGCUUGAAUCACUUUGGAUUUGAUUUUCUGAUCUGCUGAGCAACCAAAGGCUGGAAUGAGGAGUUGUUCAGCAGUUCUGAAACUUGAACCAAAUUAGGUAGUGCCCAGAAUGAGUGGCCCAUCUUAAAAUGCUGACCAUAUUAACUUUGGUUAAAAUCCUGGAAAGCAUCAUGUGUGGCCAUGACCAUCUGGCUGGUAUGGUUAUCUAUAUAUUUGCAAGCAUCCACCUAUUUCUUUGGGGAUUUUUAGUAUUUCUUGAAGUCUAUUUUGAACAGUCAAAGCCAGCAGAAUGCCAUUCCUGGGAAAACAUGAGGAAAUAAGAGUAUUUCCUAUUAGCAAUGACUCUCCACUAAAUAAUUACUACAUUUUUAUGCAUGUGGACAAGAAAGUUGUCUUGCUGCAGAAUGCUUUGAAAUUCAUACUUGUAAGGCUACAGGUGGAGACUUACCAUGGAGAGAUGAUGUGCCUUUUGUAACUACUUGUAGGAAGCUGUCAGUCCCCCUGAAAGUGGGAAUGGCAACAGAGGCAGGUCUUUUUUCUACUCAGGUACUUACAGGUGAAUAAUCUCUGCCCUACUUUGAGAUCGAGGGGCAAGCAGUGUGUAGCACUGCUGUGUAAGCCUAGCUGAGAUACACUGAUUAUCUUAAGCAAGUUAUGUCUUUCAAUAGAUUUUGUUUCCAUAUGGCUUUUAACAGAUAGUCAGACACUGAACGUAUCACCAUAAGCUGGAAUAAGCUUCAAGAUGUUUUUUCUAGUUCUUUACUAGUUCUUUACUACUAGGUAACUCUAACAGCACUGUAUGGAUGUCAGCUUAUUAUCUGGCUAUGGAUGUAUGCCCAGCUCUGUGGUUAGAAAGAUGAAGGUAUAAGUAGUAUCUCAUACCUCUGGGUGAUUCCUUCCCUUCCCCUUCCUGAAAUAUACACCCCAUGCUAUUUACAGUUUCAGUCUGAAAGAGCAUCUGUGAUACCAGCCUGUAACUAGCCAUGCUGACCAUGUCAGAUUUUGAACUUUUGAGACAGUCAUCCAGAUGCUUCCUCGAAAAAGAAAGCACACUGACCUUCCGAAGGAACUUGAUGAUUUUACAGAGUGACGGAUCCAGGUCUUGUCCACUGUCC